UCCAUGGGGCCAAGCAAACGUUUCCCCACGACGUCGCCGUCGUCGUCGGCUUUGUCUCUCAACUUCUCACUCACUUCCUCCCCCAGACGCAAAAGCACCAUGAACUCCAACAAAUCCAUCCGGAAUCUCGGUUGGCCUCUUCUGAAAGCUCUGGUGUGUUUGUUCGUGCUGUUUGAGAUUGGCAGCUUUCUCCUCAGCGCGCGAUCGGAUCCGCAUCCUGUGUCCUCCGACAAGCCAGCCUCCCAGGCACCCGAGCCCAAGUUUUUGAGCGACCAAGAAGUGAUCAAAUCCACGCCAGAGGAUCCCGCCGACUGGGCCAAGAGCUUCCACCGGUAUGGACUAGCCGAGGCCCAAUGUACUUCGGAAUUCUCAGAUCUCUUCAAAGACAUUGCCCGUGCUGUCGAGCAUCGGAACACUAUCGGUCAUGUGCAGCCCAAGGAUCUUGAUAUCGGCUGGAAAGAAGAAGGCGCCGUGAGAGCCAUGAUCUACAACCAAAAACUCUUCAUCCUCGAGUCCAAGAUCAACGAUGGAUUCAUGAUCAGUCGCGCUCUUGGUACGCUCCAGCAGAUUGAUCGCGCACUGAAGGCCAGCCCCGAACCACUCCCCAACAUCGAAUUCUCCUUCGUCGUAGGCGACCUCCCCGACACAGAGCACGCCCACCACACCGUCUGGGCUCUCUCCCGACUCGCCGUGGACGAAGAAAUGUGGUUGAUGCCCGAUUUCGGAUAUUGGUCCUGGCCGUUGGACCUGGUCGGCAACUACGAGCAGAUCCGCACCGAAAUAAAGGCAAACGAAGUCGACUGGGCCCAAAAGAUCCCGAAAGCACUGUGGCGUGGCGCCGUCAAGACGAAUCCCGUCCGCAGCAAACUGUUGAAGGCGACGCGUGGCAAGAAGUGGGCGGAUGUCCAGGAGGUGAAAUGGAAGAACCGAACCGAUGUCGCCGCCGGAUCUGCGUCCUCGGCCAUGUCCAUGGUGGAUCAUUGCAAGCAUCAGUUCUUGAUCCAUACCGAGGGUCGGAGCUAUUCGGGCCGUGGGAAAUACCUGCUCAAUUGCGAGUCCAUUAUAUUCAUGCACAAGCGGGAGUGGGUCGAGCCGCACCACAGCGUACUGGUUUCAGAGGGUCUCAACCAGAACUUCGUCGAGGUCGAGCGUGACUUUUCGGAUAUGGAGGCCAAGAUCCAGGAACUCAUCAACAACCCGGAACGAGCAAAGGUAAUUGCUCAUAACAGCGCCACGACGUUCCGUGAUCGCUAUCUCACACCUGCCGCGCAAGCCUGCUACUGGCGACACAUGAUCCGGGCCUGGGCGCAAGUCAGUUUUACCCCCAAGCCGUGGGUAUUGAUCAACGGCGAGAAGAAGCUGAGGGGUGUACCUUUCGAAACAUAUGUUGUGCAAGCUCUCGAGAACACCAUCAAGACUUGCUCCGUAUGGAAAAAGAUGUCGCUACAGUGCUGA